UGCGGUUUUUGGAGCAAAGAAACUUACCCUGCUUUUGUUUAGUGACAUUGGUAAGAUCAAUUCCUUCAAGAAUAAAGGAGGAUCCGAGUCACUACUUUACUUAAACUUGCCUGACGGUUUCAUACGACUGCAGCCCAGGAAUCCGACUCGGUAAACUCUCAAGUAGUAUAGAAGAAAUGGCACAAGCACCACUGACAUUCGGGGUGGAGUUUGAGAUAUAUGUUGGUCACCUCAAGGCCGGUCAGAGAGCUCCACCGGGUACCAAUCCACGCUACACCAUGGCUUUCACACCCAGCGAUGCAGCAGUGCAAGAAUUAGCAGACGAAUAUGUAGCAAAAGGCACACGUCCAACGCCAGUGGAAUCGGAUGACGAUAGUCAGAAUCUUGUAGGUCAAGCAGCACGAAUCCACAUUUCUGAAGCGCUGUCUGUUGCGGGUUUUCCUGCAUAUUGCUCAGACACGAUAGACCCUGCACGGUCUAGCACGCAUUGGCAGGUUUGCACUGAUGCGACCGUCGACGGACGGUAUGCUGGAAACCCAGAUGAUGUCCUAGAUGCGCCCUUCACUUGGGCUGGUGUCGAGAUCGUGUCACCAGUCUUGCCAUUCACGCCUGAAAGCCUGGAGCAAGUAAGCCAAGUAUGCAGAUUCAUCAGGUCCAACUACAGAUACAAGAACAAUAAUGACACUGCACUACAUGUUCAUGUUGGAGAUGGCAACACCGUCUUUCCAGUAGAAGUAGUGGCUAGUCUCGCAGCCUUCUUUUACGCAUUUGAGCCCCAAUUCAACACCCUACACCCAAUACACAGAAUCGACAGUACUUUUGCGGAAGGAAUGCGGACUCACAGCGGCAUUGCGGAGCGUGACUUCAAGAAAGAAGCUACCCGUUCGCUUCCUAUCAUAGGUGUCUACGAGCUCAGGGAGCCUCUUACAAUACAGGACAUCACAGAUGGAGUUAGUGCUCCUGAUAACAAGAGAUAUAUGUAUGUCAAUUGGCAAAAUCUUGCAAGGGUAGCUGGCGGCGCUGUCAUUGGGUCUGUAACGAACGACGAAAAGCCAGUGAAGCCAACAAUCGAGUUUAGGCAGCAUGAAGGGACUCUAAACCCAGUCAGAGCAAUUAUGUGGAUCAGGACAGUUGUGGGUGUCGUGGAUGCAGUUCGAAAGCUUCCAGCGCAGGAGUCCACAGAUUUGGUAACCAUAUGCAGCAGAGAGAAAUGGCAAAAAUGCGGAGAUGGGAGGGAUGCAGAGAGAGAAGCUCGCCAUGGACCAAUCGUUGCUGAAAGCACCUUCACUGUCGUUGAUCUUCUUCGCCACCUGGGUCUGAACGAAGAAGCCAACUAUUAUCAAGAUAAAAUGUUUCAGCACGAUUAUCCAGAGCGAUGUCAGCCUCAUGGCUUUGUGUGGCUUGAUGGACCGGACGGCGCGGUGCGAUACCAACUCGAUGGUACGCCAGUCGAUGGUGACCAAGUUGCUCCAUUUUAUACCAAAUGGGAAUACGAGACAACGCUGACUAGGGGCACUGAAGAAUAUGAAGCGCAGCAUAGGCUAAGACUUAUCUGGGAGGAAGCAGUUCAAUCAGUCGACCUCUUGAGGUGGAUGGAUCCUGAUUCCCCAUUAAUAGAUCUAAGAAGCCCGCAUUGGCCUGCCCGUACUUACCAAACAGUUUUACCCACCCCAGUAGGGAGCCCCAGUUCAUCAAAUGAUAGUGGCGCCAGCAUAUAGAGCAGUUCCAUUUUCUCCUUCGAAACGAUCUUACUGCCGAAAAAAAGAUUCUCUAAAAUGAGAACCCAGAUUCGGGUUUGGAGACAAAUCGGUACGUGGAACACUAUAGUAUAGUGAGGUAUUUCGGGGCGACUGAGGUUGAGAAUGUCAAUUUUUGUUUCAUGCUUUUUGCGGUUUCUUUUUGUAUGUAUAUAGAUAGUCAGACUUUGGUUCAUUAUUGAUUAUGUGUUUCUAGCCAAUGUUUAGUUUAACGAUCUGCUUCAAGCUAGGGUAGCAG